AUGGAAAUUUAUACUACAUGCUAUUAUAAUAAUUCUUUUUUGGAUUUUUGGGAUAAUUUAAUACAAGCAAGAACUUUUUGGGUUCCUUUAUUUGAUAAGUAUGAGUUUGUUGGAGCUUUUGAAAAUCAUGUUCAUUAAUAUAAAAGAACUUUUCCUUUAAAAAAUAAUACAAAAUCUGAAAAUGGAACUGUUUAUUUUGGUGAUGGUUCUAUGGGAAUAAGAAAUGAGAAUUGCAUAGAUGAAGCUAAAACUAUUUGA